AUGUAUCACGCGCCUUUCGUUGUCGAGAAUGUUGAGUACAAGACUACAGAACACUUCUUCCAGGCUGCAAAGGCGCGUCACUUCAAGGAUAACGAUACUCUACGCAAGAUUAUCGAUUGCGACGACCCAGUCAAGGUCAAGUUUCUUGGUAAACAGGUCAAACAUUUUGAUCGCAAGGAGUGGGAUGUGCUUAAGGAAGAGACUAUGAAGAUCGGCAAUGCGCAUAAGUACCAGAACCCUGCUCUCCAAGAGAAGCUUCUUGCCACUGGCAACCGUCAUCUAGCUGAGUGCGUUCCGAGAGAUUGUUUUUGGGGUAUUGGUAUUGGCAAGGCCAAGGCAGAGCUUAACAACGGUAAUUAUCCUGGCAAGAACAUCAUGGGGCACAUUCUGGAAGAGGUUCGUCAGCAUUUCCAAGAUAAGAUUGAGCAUGACCAGGCUCGCAAGCAGGUUCUUGGAGGAUAG